AUGGCUGCUACGUUUUCUUAUGCCCAGGCUGCUAAGGGCGUUGCCCCCGCACAACCGUCAGCAAUGACAGCAGACCCGACUCAGGCCUCGAAACCAGAGGAGCAAACUGCGAGCCCUACUCCUGAAGCUGAAAACACUGAGACUGUGAAGACGGCAGAGUCCCAGGAAACAGAGAAGGCUGCCGCCAACUCUGACAAGGAUUUGGAAUCCACAGCUGUCGAAAGCUCCAAGGCAGAUGUUUCCGGCACCUCCUCCCCCAGCGAGGGCACUUCUUCCACCUCGACAUUACCGAAAGAUGAUGAGGGCUCAAAUACACCGAAUGGCACUUCCGAAUCCACGUGGGAUAAGCAAUCCCAGGCCUCGGGAACUGACAAGCAAAGCAAUGGAGCUGAGAAUGCUAAGGAGACGUCGGCAGAGAAGGAGAAGAGCGAGCCUCCCAAAGAGCUCAAGGCUGCUCCUCUUCCCGCAGUGAAUAUCUGGCAACAGAGGAAAGAGGCUCAGGAAGCCAAGGCUAAGGUCACUGCCUCGAAGCCCGCUGGCCCUGCUGCCAAGACUGGCACUUCUAAGAACGCUUCGGCGGCUUCUUCCGUCUCUGGUGAUGCUCAACAGGACCAGUCCAAGGCUGGCUCAAAGAAGAAGGGAGGAGAUGUGGAAGGCGCCAAGGACAGAAGAUCCAAGGGACGCGACGAUGCAUCCCUCCCCCCGGUAGGAGAUGCCGCUUUGUGGCCCACUCCUCAAAGUGCCCAGGGUGAGGAGAAAAAGAAGUCCGAGAAGAGCCCUGUCAUCCGUCCCUCUGGUAAAGAGAAGUGGACCCCAGUCCCUUACGUGCCUACUGCUGUUUUCACCACUCCUCUUCCUUCUGCUGCCCGCCGUGGUGGAAGAGCGCCUCGUGCUGGAAGGGACGGCGCCCGCAACGGAACCCAUGGUUCUGCCGCAGCUGCGGAUAAGGCUACUGCUGGUCAGGUAGCUCAAGGCUCCGCCACCAAGCAGGCUGCACCCGGUGAGAGGGGAAGAAACGAGCCCAACUCGGCUCGCGCGAACUCCCUUCCAGCCCCGUCCAGACGAUCCAACAGCGCCGAUGCUGGAAUGGGAGACACCCGCAAGAACCAAGCAACGGACCGGAACCGUGGACCCAAGGGCAGUGACAAUGCCAACAUCCCGCCAGCCGGUAAGCAUGGCCACGGAGGUGAUAACUUCCGCCAUCAUCGUGAAGGCAAGGGAUUCUCCAGGAAUCACGACGCUACGCACAAGGGCGGCGAUCACCACUCCAAGAACCCCAACUUGCCUGUGGAUUCACAGGCUAACCCUCGCUCAGGCUCCUCCCACGAACGUCGCUUCGAAAACGGCCCCAAGUCGGCAGAAUUUGGCGGCUUCCAUGAUCGCAAAGAUAAGGACAUUCCCCGCGAGUCGCGUGCCGACAGAGGUCGUGGCUCUCACCGUGGCCGUGGCGGUUUCGGCGGCUCUCAGAACUCUCACUAUCCUAACAACCAUAUGUCUCACAAUGGUUUCAUGCACCCCAAGUCCUUUGGCUUCGGUGAGCGCCGGUCGCAACAGCAUAGCUCUGGAGGCCACAGGAUGUCUUUGAGGUCGCCCUCCUUGCCAAACUCCGGUUCCAUGUAUGGUGUCUAUCCUUUCCCUACCGACAUCAACACCAUGUAUGGCUACCAGCCAGUACACCCUGGCCCCAUGACGGCUGUCCCUUACCAGCAAUAUAUGGAGCCCUUCUCCCUGAUGAGCAUGAUCUCCAUGCAACUUGAGUACUACUUCUCUGUGGAUAACCUGUGCAAGGACUUGUUCCUUCGGAGACACAUGGACUCUCAGGGCUACGUCCCAUUGGCUUUCAUUGCUGGCUUCAAGCGCAUCAAGACUCUGACCGAGGACUUCGAACUUCUCCGCCACGUCUCCCGCCAACUGAGAAAUGUUGAUUACCUGCAGAAUGAAGAUGGCAUUGAUAGGUUGCGUCCGAGAGACAAGUGGGAUCAGUGGGUCCUGCCUAUUGACCAGCGCGACCCCGCCGCUCAGCAUGAGGGACCUAGCAUGCCGGAUGAGACUGCUGCAGCGCAAAAUCAUGUCGAUGGCGCAGUUAACGGAUCGGCACCAACUGUCAACGGAACUGGUGAAGCUCCAGCCUCGAAGACGUUGUCUUCUGCUGCCCCGGAAUUCUCGCCUUCCAAGCCCGUGGAAGUCCAAAAUGAAGCUGCAAUUCCGACGAAUUAG